CAUACCGUAGAUUGUUUAUAUUAAUAUUAACAGUCUAUGGUUCAUACUGAGUGGAGAAACUGCACUGAACCAGGAGGGGGCGACAGAGAAGCUGCUGCGCUGUCCACGUACUGACGUGGCAUGGAACGCGAUGACGUGCCGUGGCAGUACGUCUAUUCAGACCAGCAGCUUUGGCUUGGUUCGUGUUUACCAAAGAAUUGGUGUAUUUCCAGCUGCGUUUUGGUGAUUUUCUGUAUUUAAGUCCGGAGUAACUUACAAGUGACAGUCUAGAGAAGUGUUGAGACUCACCUGCUGUCUCUCAACAAGACGUCUAAACACUGUUCAUCAAGAAGCGGGCCGGCCUGCAGCACGAUGAACAUCGGGUCCAGGAGUAAGAAGAGGGUGGUCCUGCCCAGCCGGCCCGAGCCCCCCACGGUGGACCAGAUCCUGGAGGACAUCCACACAGCCGCCGCCCAAGACCCCGUCUUCAGCAUCCUGGAGGAGACCGGACAAGAUUCUCCCCGGCCGUCUGACAGCGACGUGGACGUGCGCUUCCUGCAGUGUCGCCACUUCCUGGAGUUGAACGAGCGGCUGCAGGCGGCUCGCGGGCGGUUGCCGCGGCAGCGGGAGGAGCUGCUAGCGGCCGGGGAGCGGCUGCGGAGCGACGUGGCCGAGGUCAAAGGUCAAACGCUCUGACUCCACCACGCCACCUCCGUCAGAGAGACUCCUUCUCCGUGUGCGUCAGGGCAGACGUCCGCGCGUUGGGAUCUGGAGUCAGGGACACGUGUUGAACGCUGGAGCAGCGUGUCGGCCGCUCCUGACCUCUGACCUCUGAGAGGCUAGAAGGGACACCCGGUAGUUUCCAUCCAAUCGUAAACGUUCACCGUCGUCGCUGCAGCUGCUCCGUCCACUGGUGCUGUGAGAUCCCAGAGCCCGACUGAUGAAGGACUUUUAAGGCCGAUAUAUCGAUAUCUGGCGAUAUUUUGGGGAUUUUUAAAAAUCCGAUAUUCCGAUAUAUAUCGGCUAGCGCUGCACGAUUAUGGCCAAAAUGAUGAAUGAAAUUGAUCACGAUUAAUUAUCACGAUUAUUUGUUGAUUUUAACCGAAGAAAUGUAUUGUCACAUUAUAAAGCUAAUUAUAACUGCUUUCACAUCCAUGUUGUGCUACAUUCCUCCGUUCAUUCAUUGAAGGAGUGUGUGUGUGUGUGUGUGUGUGU